CCAGCUCCAAAUUCACAUGGCACUUUCUAAACCAAGAACAAAAUUCCAUCUGUCUGCCUUGGUUCGUUCUCUCAGAGAAAACCAGGACAAGCUGAUUUUGGGGUGGACAGACAGCUCUUCACUUGGUGCAGUUUUGGGGCUUUGCGGUCCAGGACGUGCCUGGUUGGGUUCCAGCUGUUCCUGCCUCUCUCCUGCGGGAUUCUCUCGCAGCCCAAGAUCUCCCCUGGCUUUGGGUGCUGAAGCGACCGAGCAGCACGCUCUCCCAAAAUGAUGGAAAAUAAAGUGUUCCUGUCUUUCACGUUCUACAGCACAAUUUUGAUUUUAAAAAUGUAUGUCGUUGCCAUCAUAACGGGGCAAGUGAGACUCAGAAAGAAGGCAUUUGCAAACCCAGAGGAUGCCCUGCGCAAUGGGGGGUUGCAGUUCUGCCGCGAAGACCCUGAUGUGGAGCGGUGCCGCAGGGCCCACCGUAAUGACAUGGAGAACAUUUUUCCCUUUCUCUUCCUUGGAGCCAUCUACUCCCUGCUGGAUCCCAGUCCCACAGUGGCCAGGAUCCAUUUCCUCAUCUUCUGUGUGGGACGGAUCAUCCACACCAUUGCCUACCUCCUGCAGCUGAGGGCACCCACACGCUCUGUGGCCUACAGUGUGGCCCAGCUGCCCUGCUUCUCCAUGGCCCUGCAGAUCCUCCUGGCCACCACCCCAUACUGGUAACAACCAGAGACCAACCACCCAAACCCCCUCAUCCUGACUCUGCUGGACCCCCUGUGAGUGGGAAGGUGAGGGUGUGUGUGUGUGUGUGUGUGUGAGAGAGAGAGAGAGAGAGAGAGAUGUCACCAGGGAGGUCACCUGGACCCUGAGGAUGUUCAGUGCGGCCUUGAUGAAAUUCCACUGUCAUCGGAAUUUUGUCAGAGAAAUCACCAGAGAGGAGGGACAUGCAGGAAGGGGAUGUGGAGCAGGUUUCUCUCCCACCUGCUGAAGAUGAGAGGUGGGAAGCACGUGGACUACGCCUCAAGGAAGGGGUCAUUGAAGGAAAGGUUUUCUGUGUUUGGAACUGUGAUGGGGAAGAUGUGCCUUUUCCUCCUGGUCAUGAGUAUCCUAUGAAUCAGGCAGGGAAAAUAAUGAGGGUUCCACAAAGUCUCUUAGCAGAUGUGGUUGGUAGCAGAGGUUACAAAGCACCCACCCUUCUCCUGCCCAACCAUGUGCAUCUGUGGGAAUGUGAGUCCUUUAGGACUUAGGCCUGUGCCUCCAGACAGCAUAACAGGGAAGUCAAAAUCUCAGAUGUUGCAAAGCAUUCAGUGUUCCCAGUGCCACCUCAUCUCCUGCCACAGGACACAGCUCCGUGCCAGGAGCCUCACUGCAACCCUGCUAGCUGCUGGCAACUCCCAGCCAGCACCAGCUGUCCUUUUCCACCACAGCACAAUGCAGAGCGACAUGCCUGGAAAAGCCAGCAGGAAUCCUUUACCCUGGACACAGAGCCUGAACACAUUUGCAGGAUACAAAGUUCUGGGGCAUCUGGAAAGUCUAAAAUGCUGGCACAAAACAGAGGGUUUGCAGACAGAAUUUUCUCCUAAAGGGCAGUCUAGUCCAUGUGCCACUAAUACCUGAAAAUGCCCCCAGAGCAUCAGACUGAGUUUCUCCCCCUCUGUUUUUAGCCUUUCUCUGGCCACAGAAUGGCUGUUGCUAUUUGGGAAAUGUGCUGUGAUCGCCGUAGAGGUGUUUUCUUUCAGCUGUUUCCUGCUGUCCACUGCUGCCACACCAUUCACAACCUGGACCAGCUGGUGUUUGCAGAAAGCUCUGGAAAUGAGCAGAGGGGCUUUGAAGGGAGUAUUGCUGCUCUGCAGUGCCACCCAAACGUGUCAUGUUGGAGAGGAGAGGCCGGGACCAGGGUAUUGCAUGGUGACAAAGGCCCAUGAGCUCCUCUGCCACGCAGCUGUCCCCAGGUGCCAGGGGCUGCUCCUGGCAGCAGCAACAAUUGAGCAUCCCUCUGGAGAAGAAGGCAGGAAGAAACCUCUGCUCUUCAGUGUAUCCUCCCUCCUCUGAGGGCACAGAAUUUGAAUGACAUCAUAGGGGCAAGCCAGAAUGAGUAGGAAAUAAAUUUCCCUUCCACCUGUCCUGUGCACUAAGGCUGUUCCCUUGACUCUACUCUCCUCAGAGAUGCUCUUGCUGAGACCUCACUGAGCACUGGGGUGAACACCUGCUCAGAAAUGAUGCUCAGCCUUUGUUCAGCUUGGGUAGAAGUUUCUCGAUCCCAUUGCAGUUGUGGCCUGAGGCUGAGCUCUGUGGCGAAGUUUGGAGUGGAAUUCUUUGCUCUCCCACUGCAAGGAAGGUGGGCAGGAUUGCAGGUUCAGCAGUUCACUCUUGGCCACUUCUCCUUCACACAGAUGUCUGGGUAGCACAGACCCCUCUUAACAAGUCUUUUCUGCCUCACAUGGUGCACAAGGUCUUGAACUCCUCUAUGUUUCUCUGCUGCUACACACGCAUCCUGGUGGCAGGAAGUAAAUAUUCCCAAUAAAAACAAAUCAUUGUGCUCUGAUACAUCCUUCCUUCGGGAGUAGCAGAUGCAGCUGGGCAGCAGCUGGGUCCAGCCCCAGCAGAAUGUUAAACCCCACUGUAGAGCCUGGAGUGCCCUGUGACUUCCAAAGAGACAUCCUUUUCCUCUGCACUCACCUGCCCUGCACAGGAACCUCCUUUCUAGGUGUGCAUUAUUUGUGCUGACCUUUAAAUUCAGCAGAGCUGGGAAUUACAAGCAGUCCUGCUCAGUUUUCCUCCCCUGAGUAGCAAGUUGUUACAAAGCUUGGUGUUCACCCAAAAAUCCUGGAGGGCUGGAGAAGCUCAGGUAAGAUGUGGCUGAUCUUCUUUGUGUUGUUAGGACUCGUAAAGGAGCUGCUUGUAUUUUCCAAGAUAAGUAGCUCCCUUUUUUUUGCACUAGGUUGCUGGGAAACAAAUGCUUCAUUUCUCUGGUUUUCCCUAUUUUCUUAAGUUGUUGGUGGUUGGGAGUUGCUGCCCUGUCAGUGUCUGAGUUAGUUUCGUAAAAUGGUUCCACUUGCUUGUUUUCUUUCCCUGUUUGUUUUCAAAUGAGAAAGGCAGUGGUUUUAUAAAAUGGACUCUCUCCAGUACAUGUUGCUGUGGUUGGAGAUGUGGCUGGGAUGGAGAUUUUGGCAUGGGAAGGAAGAAGGGAAGCUACAGAACCCCCUGCCAGCCCUCAAAUCUGCUUCAGCCUCUUCUCGGCUGCCUGUCCAGUGCCUGAGGCUCAUGCCCUGCUCAAGGAAGCUGAGGUUACAUGCAAAGCUCUGCUUUCUCCUUUUUUAUUA